AUGUUGGCAGCACCAUGGGUGUGCCGUAGCUGCAUGGUCUCUCUGAGGCGUGUCGGCCGUGCGCAGUUUAUUCGGCGAUUUAGUACAGAAUCUGCGCCAAACCUCCCACCCGCCCUCCUCGAACGAGCCCGGAAGCUCACAGUCGAACACGACCAAUUGACCGCGGGUCUAGAAAAUGACUUUGAUCCGAAAAAGGCGAAACGGAUGGGCGAGAUCUCCCGAGUUGCUAGCGCACUCAAGGAAUUCGAAAAGGCCAAGGCCGCGUUGGGGGAGCUCCACGGCCUCCUAGAAUCCGACGAUGCCGAGAUGCGGGAGCUGGCAAAGGACGAUCUCGCCGCGACAAACGCCCAGCUCGCCGAAUCGAGCCACAACCUUUCAGUCGCCCUGACCCCCAAGCAUCCCUUCGCCGACAUGCCGUGCCUUCUCGAGAUUGUGCCCGGCCCGGGGGGCACCGAGGGCCGCUACUUCGCCGACUCGCUGUUCCACAUGUACAAAACAUACUGCGCGAAUAAGGGCUAUCGCGCACGGGUUGUGAAGUACGAAGCUUCGGACAGCGAUGGCUCAACGGGGUCAGAAGGAGAGAUUCCGCUUCAGGAAGCCGUGUUGGAAGUUCAAGAGCAAGGAGCGUAUGAUGUCUUUCGCGGCGAAGCAGGCAUGCACCGGGUACAGCGCGUGCCAGCGACAGAGAAGAGCGGGCGCACGCAUACGAGCGCGGUGGCGGUAUGGGUGCUCCCAUCGUUCCCGGAGAGCGACGUCACAGAUUUUGAGGCAGACUGGGACAAGCCGGAGAGCGACUUCUACAUCGACCCGGGCGAAGUCAAGUCCGAGAAGAUGCGGGCGGGUGGCGCCGGCGGGCAGCACGUGAACAAGACCGAGUCGGCGGUCCGGCUGACCCAUAUCCCGACGGGCAUCGCGGUGAGCAUCCAGGAGUCGCGGUCCCAACAACGCAACCGGGAAAUAGCGUGGCGGCUGCUGCGAUCUAGGAUCGCGCAGAAACGGCGCGAAGAGCGAGAGGAAGCAGCGCGCCAGCUGCGGAACAGCGUCCUGGCGAGCUCGCAGAUUACGCGCGGCGACAAGAUUCGGACGUAUCAGUUUCAGCAGGACCGGUGUACAGACCACCGCAGCGGGGCCAACGUUCACAAUCUGCCUGACGUUCUCCGCGGCGGGGAGACGUUAGGGAAGGUCAUGGAGAGCGUCCAGACCUGGUUGGUCAACAAAGACAUUCAGGGGCUCAUCGCUGAUGAGGAGGCGGCGGCCGUUGUCGAGAAAAAGCGCAAGUGA